CUGUCCAUCAUGUCUGUAAUGAGGAAGGAGAUGGAGAAGUACAGGGACAUAGACGAAGACGAGCUGCUGAAGAAACUCUCAGAGGAAGAGCUCCAGCGAUUAGAAGAUGAGUUAGAGGAGCUGGAUCCUGAUAAUGCAUUAUUGCCAGCUGGGAUGCGGCAGAAGGACCAGACCAAGAAAGCUCCGACAGGAACAUUUCAAAGGGACGACCUGCUGGCUCAUCUGGAGAAACAGGCUAAAGAACAUCCCGACAGAGAAGACUUGGUGCCUUUCACUGGGGAGAAGAGAGGGAAAGCCUUUGUGCCUAAAAAGAUGGUGGACCCCAUUAUGGAGAAUGUAACUCUGGAGCCGGAGCUAGAAGAAGCCCUGUCUAGUGCUUCUGAUGCUGAACUCUGUGAUAUCGCAGCCAUCCUGGGUAUGCACACCCUAAUGAGCAACCAACAAUACUAUGAAGCCCUGGCCAGCAGCACCAUAGUCAACAAGCAAGGCCUCAACAGUGUGAUCCAGUGCACCCAGUAUAAACCAGUUCCUGAUGAGGAGCCCAACUCCACUGACGUAGAGGACACUCUGAUGAGAUUGAAGAGGGACGACCCUGACCUGGUGGAGGUCAACCUCAACAACAUCAGGAAUAUCCCCAUCCCAACUCUAAAGGCGUACGCUGAUGCUCUGAUGAAGAACACUGUGGUGGAGAGGCUCAGUAUUGUAGGAACCAGAAGUAACGACCCUGUAGCAUUUGCCAUGGCAGAGAUGCUGAAGGUGAACACAACGCUGAAGAGUCUGAAUGUUGAGUCCAACUUCAUCACAGGCACUGGAAUUCUGGCCCUCAUAGAGUCUCUGCAGCAUAACACCACACUACAGGAGCUCAAAAUAGACAAUCAGAGUCAGCCGUUAGGCAACAAGGUGGAGAUGGAGAUCGCCAGCAUGCUGGAGAAAAACACCACACUGUUGAAGUUUGGCUACCAUUUCACCCAGCAGGGCCCACGCCUCCGAGGCUCCAACGCCAUGAUGAACAACAACGACCUUGUAAGAAAGAGAAGGCUUGAGGGAGGACCCAUCUUCCCCAAGUGUCGGACGAAUGUGUAGAAACCAGGGCUACCCUCAACCCUCCGUUCCCCCUUUGAAUCCCCACCGUCUCUCCAAACCCCGUCUGGUAACC